AUGUCUAGCACUGAUGCACUUCUGGAUGCCACUCUCCAAAGGUUUUGGGAGAUUGAGACGAUUCCGAACCAAUCCGUUCAUUCCGCUACCGAGAAGGCCUGUGAAGAACUCUACAUGACAACCACAACCCGAGAUCCUACCGGGCGAUACGUAGUUCGCCUACCAAACACGGACAAUCCGGAAGUCAUUCUGGGAAAUUCGGAAUCCAUUGCCGAACGCCGAUUCCUCAACUUGGAACGCCGACUCGAGCGUGAUCCUAGCACCAAAUCCUCCUACCACCAGUUCAUGGCGGAAUACGAGCGUCUCGGACACAUGGUACGGCUCGAUGAACCUGUGGACAACACGAUGCCGCACUGCUACCUUCCGCAUCAUCCCGUGUUCAAGCUCUCGAGUACCACCACGAAGACGAGAGUAGUGUUUGAUGCAUCGUGUAAGACAGCAUCGGGCUAUUCGUUGAACGAUCUACUUCUUGUCGGACCAGUCGUUCAAGACGAUUUACUGUCGCUCGUCAUGCGGUUUUGCUUCUACCCCAUUGCCCUCAACGGUGACGUCGAGAAGAUGUACCGUCAGAUGCUUCUCCACAAGGCAGACCGACCGUACCACAGGAUCAAAUGGCGCAAGGAUGCAUCCGAAACGAUAGCUACCUACAAGUUGCAGACCGUGACCUACGGCACUGCUUCUGCCCCGUAUCUGGCCACCAAAACUCUCCAAAAAUUGGCGAGUGAUGCAGGUCACUCAUUCCCUGCCGCUGCGGAACCAGUGGCCAAGAACUUUUACGUCGAUGACAUUCUGUCAGGUGCCGAUAAUAUCGAGUCAGCCAUCCAAAUUCGACGUGAAGUAUCAGCGAUGCUCGGUUCUGCUGGAAUCCCAAUGAAGAAGUGGGCUUCGAACUCUGUCGAAGUCCUUGAAGAUAUUCCACCAGAAGAUCGAUCUAUCCAGCCAUGGCACGACCUACAAUAUCCACAAUCCGUCAGCACUCUCGGUCUAAUAUGGGAACCCGGGACUGACAUAUUUCGGUUCAAGGUACAGUUACCUCUUCCGGCUGCUGUUCUCACCAAGCGUAGGAUCAUGUCCUACGUGGCUCAAAUCUUCGAUCCGUUGGGACUUGUGGGUCCCGCUGUAAGGAAAGCGAAGCUCUUCAUGCAGUGUCUCUUGGCGCUGAAAUCCUCUGACAACGAACGCUAUGAUUGGGACCAACCUUUGCCUCCAAAACUGCAGCAAGAGUGGAAAGAGUUCCACACUACCAUCGACCUGCUUCGUGAAGUUCGAGUUCCUCGAUUUGCUUCCAUCAUUGGUGCAGUCAGCAUCGAGCUUCAUUUCUUCGCUGAUGCGUCAGACAAGGCCUACGGAACGUGUUGCUAUGUUCGUGCCCAAUCUAUCCAAGAAGUAUCCGUGAAACUGCUGGUCUCCAAGUCCAAGGUUUCGCCCCUAGCAGCACGCCAUAUGAUAGCCCGACUGGAGUUAUGCGCAGCUCAUCUUUCCACGCACCUGUACAAGAAAGUCGCUUCGUCCUUGCAAACGGUUCCAACUGCUUUCUUCUGGUCGGACUCGACCACCGUGAUACAGUGGCUCCGAUCAUCACCUGGACGUUGGAAAACGUUUGUAGCCAACCGUGUGAGCCAAAUCCAAGCUGCUACUCCAGUUGAUAAGUGGAAUCACGUAGCUGGUUCCGACAAUCCCGCUGAUGACAUCUCCAGAGGAUUGGAUCCAACCGAACUUCUCCACAAGGCAAGGUGGUGGAAUGGUCCAUCCUGGUUAAAGGUUCCACCUGAGCUUUGGCCUGCAGGAGCGCUCCCUACGAAAGAAACAGCAGAAGUGUCCCAAGAAUGCCGCAAGAUUCCCAUCGUAGCGAUGACGGCCAUCCAAAGCACAUUCCACGAAGAUUUGUUCUCCAAAUACUCCAGCUUUUCCAAGCUUCGCCGUACGGUCGCAUGGUGGUUGCGAUUUCUGCAAGCUCUUCGUGACCAUGCAAUUCUUCGUCGUUCGAAUGCAAUCAAUCCAGGUGUGCUCAAAAGGUCAACUGAUUCAUGCCAGCCACUCAACUCCGAUGAACUCCACUCGGCUGACCGAGUCCUUUGUCGACUAGCGCAGCUGGAUAACUUCCAAGAAGAGCGGAACGAUCUUGUCGCUCGUACAAACGUAACGAAAUCGAGUUCGUUGAAGUGGUUGAAGCCCUACGUUGAUGAAUUCGGAUUGAUCCACGUCGGAGGACGCCUCGACAAUGCCGAACUACCUGAGUCUACCAAGAACCCUAUCAUCCUAAGCGCCAAACAUCCGUUAGCCAGUAUGCUCGCUGUGCACUGUCACAAAACCUUGCUUCACGCUGGCCCGCAAUUGAUGUUGGCUACCCUCCGCCAGAAAUUUUGGAUUCUGGGCGGACGAAACCUCGUCAGACGCACGUACCAUCAAUGCAUCACUUGCUUCCGUAGCAAGCCGAAAUUGAUUCUGCAAACUGUAGCAGAUCUACCAGCAUCCCGUGUCACUCCGACGCGUCCUUUCUCCGUCUGUGGCGUAGACUACUGUGGGCCGUUCUAUGUCAAGUCGGCAGUCCGGAAGCGGGGUCCAACAAAGGUGUAUGUGGCAAUUUUCAUCUGCUUUUCCACACGAUCCGUCCACAUUGAGCUUGUGAGCGAUCUUACGUCUGCCGCAUUCGUCGCCGCACUGCGUCGCUUAAUAGCUCGAAGGGGGAAGAUUACCGAGCUGCACUCCGAUAACGCCACGACCUUCAAAGGAGCUUCACACGCCUUGCAUCGAGUGUACCAAAUGCUGAAGCAGGAUGCCACUGACCGAAAUCAUAUCCUUUCCUGGUGCACAAACCACGAGAUCCGGUGGAAGUUCAUUCCGCCACGUGCGCCUCAUUUUGGAGGCCUCUGGGAGGCUGCGGUUGAGAUGUGCCUCAAUUCACCACCAUUAACGCCCCUGUCCUCAGAACCAUCGGACCUGGAAGCCCUGACACCCGGUCACUUCCUGGUAGGUUCCAACCUCCAAUCCGUUCCCGAAGCAACAUUGGUCAACAUUCCCGAAAACCGGCUCAACCAUUGGGAACAAACUCAGCGCCACCUCCAACGAAUCUGGGCACGUUGGUACCCGGCAUACCUCCAGCAGCUGCAAUCCAGGGCUGUUCAAGGCUGCAAAUCACCUAGCAAAAUCGAGAUCGGACGGCUUGCCGUGAUCAAGGACGAUUGCCUACCACCCGCUCAAUGGUCCCUCGGCAAAAUUGUGAAGGUCCAUCCUGGGAAAGACGGGAUCGUCAGAGUGGUCACGCUGAAGACUGCCUCCUCGGACAACGUCGUGCGACCCGUACCCAACGAUCAGUCCGAUGCAACAGUCGGAGACCAUUAA